AUGCAUUUGGAGGCGAAGAGCCAUGCCUCCGUGCUGCGCAGCCACGGCCGCUACCCGCACCGCAACGAGCUGCUGGGCCGCGCCAGCACCGCCAAGGAGGUGGAGUGGCUGCGGUCCAAGAGGCUCCCGGCCUGGGCACUGUCCGUGCGGCCCAAGUUCAACAAGGAGCCGACGGAAGCGGCCGUGGCAGCGGAGCCGAAGCCGGGGAAGCUGCGGAUCUUGGUGCUGCACAGCAACCGGCAGAAUGCGCCAGACUUCAAGAAGCGGACCCGGGCGGCCUUCGAGCCCUUGACCGAUGAAGUUGCUGAUUUGCACUUCGUGGACGCACCCUUUACCUACACUCCCAUGGGUGAGGCAAAUGCGCAAGCAGGGCAUUUGGGCGCCUCUGCGCCGAAGAAUCGCUCCUGGUGGAAUGCUACGGAUGAUCCCGCAACGAUGCGCUAUGUGGGCCUGGAGCAGUCCCUGGACCACCUGGACCAGACCUUCCUGGCCCACGGGCCCUUUGACGGCGUCUUGGGCUUCUCCCAGGGCGGCUGCCUGGCGGGGCUCCUGGCGGCCAUGCAGCCCCGCGGCAACAUCAAGUUCCGCUUUUGCGUGGUGAUCUCCGGCUUCUACUGCCGGGACGUGGAGUUCUGCAAGCUGCAGCUGGAGGAGGUCCCCGAGAAGCACAGCGCCACCUCGGUGCGGCCCAAGGUGGUGGUAGAGCUGCCUUCCUUCCACAGCUGGGGCCUGGAGGACAAGUUGGUGGAACCUUGGCGCUCGGAGCUGCUCGCGGAGACCUUCAAGAACCCCGUGGUGCAAGCUCACCAGGCGGAUCAUUACGGCCAGGGCCGCCACCAUUGGCCCAUUUCUCACGUCAAGGAGUGGCUGCUGGAUCGCGGCUUCACGCACCAGGAAGAUGGGAUUCUGCGUGCCGCGGCAACAGUGGCCGAGGAGCCGCAGGAGCCUUCCGAGCGCCCCGAGCGCGCCUCGCCCUGGGAGCGCGUCAUGAAGGGCAGCGGCGUGGCUGGGGUCACCCACGAAGAGGUCCAGGAGGCGCUGGCUGCGGCUCGGGAGGCCGCGCAGGUGCGAGCGCUGCUCGAGAGAGCGCUGGCGCUGAUGCCGUGGAACUCCAAAGUUGCCCAGCCGGCUGCUGCCUACUGGAUCUUUGCCGCUGUUGCUGCGGAGCCUUCCUUUGAGUCCCAUGACUCGCUCCUGAAUGAGUUGGUCGGCGCAGGCGGAUGGAAAGCCCCAGUCCAUCUACAUGCGAUUCUGGAGGAAGGUGAGUGCACGGAACAAAGAGCCGCUCUGCAAACGUCCAUCGUGCGGCUGAUCGCCAUGCAGCUCUACGAAGACUCCAACGUGGUGAAGGAGUGGGGGCAGUGCGAUGGCUCGCAUUCGGGGAUGCACCCCUCCUUGAGCGAGUGCGCCCGGUUUGCUCCACGCUUCGGCGGCUCAGUCAGGCGAUUCGCGUUGCGAGAGUGGCCGCGGACGUGCACGCCCUUGGGGGCGGCAGCUUGA